AUGGAAGAGCUAAAUGAAGCUUCACCAUACUCAAAAAUGGAGCAUCAGGAUGAGAUCCCAGAGCCUGUCGAUGAAACGGAUGGUAGCAGCCCAAACAUACAGCUUCCCGAGCAGUUGCAGAAGAUCAACCCGCUUGAGGAAUUUGUUAGUGUCAGACACCGUUGGAACACGAAUGAGGAAAUUGCUUCCAUUUUAAUUGCAUUUGAUCGUCACAAAGAAUGGCUGGUUCUGCCACAGAAAAUUAGGCCAGCCAGUGGGUCCAUGCUACUGUACAACAGAAAAGUGGUGUUCUAUCGCAGAGAUGGCUACUGUUGGAAGAAACGCAGAAAUGGCAGCACAAUCCGGGAAGAUCAUAUGAAACUCAAAGUUCAGGGGCUUGAGUGUAUCUACGGGUCGUAUGUCCACUCAGCGAUACUGCCAACAUUUCACCGCAGAUGUUAUUGGCUGUUACAGAAUCCAAAUAUUGUUCUCAUACACUACUUGAACGUGCCAUACCCUGAAGCUGCCAAACCUUCCAUUCCUUUACUCUCCUAUGAGCUGAGUCAGAAGAGCUGGACCAAGGAGGAGUUGGUUGACCAGCUGAGGCCUAUGUUGUCUCGAGCAACAGAAGGCACAGAGCAUGACACUGAAGAUGAUCAGAAGGUGGAGAAGAUGCUUGAUGAAUUUCUGCCUUUAUUGUUGCCAAACCAAGAAACUACCAAGUGUAUAACAUCUCGACCUUUGGCACCUGCUCCAAAUAAUACUGUUCCUUCAUCCUCAUAUUUGGCUCCUGCUUCAACUCCAACCUCCCUCACUUCCCUCAAGCGGCCAAUCAGAACCCAGGCAUCCUGCCACCAGCCCCAGGUAACAAGAGUGGUUCAAGCUGGCCAGCAAGAGACUCGCUUGAGUUCCCUGCAUCAAGUCCAUGACAGCCAUGCUCAGGUCCCUGCCACCUUUACAGCCAUGCAUUCAUCCAUGCUCUCGGGAGAAAAUGUCAACGCCCACCAACAUCGCCAGCAAAAGACGACAGCUCAAAUUCCAAUUUCCCAUUCCUUUACCUAUCCUUACAUUCAGAACUCACAAAGCUCAUUAGUCACCUCAUCGUCAAAUAACCAGAUUUUCAGCACUGCCAACCUUUUACAGGUGAAUCCAACAGGGUAUCAUCAAAUUGGAAAUCUGGGUCGACAAGAGGGCAGCAGCUCCAGCUGUACUAACUUUUUGAACCAGGCGAUGACAAACUCCACUUUACGAUUUGUGGCUGUUGGAAAUGAUGCGUUGGCAAACUCAAACAUGCCUGGUAGGGAAGAUAAUUCUAGUGAGGGCCAGAAUACAGAUUUCCGCAUUCAACAAGUUACCCUUCCUUCUGAGGUGUACUCACACUUUGGGACCAGCAUGCCAUCCAGCUCCUCCUCACCUCUGACCUCAUACCUGGCUAACUCCUUGUCAUCAGCUGUAGGUCGUGAGAAGGGAGCACCGUCUUCUUCAGUAUCAUCAUCAUCAUCACCGUCGUCAUUGAUGUCAAUUAAUGUGAAUCAGUUCAGCCUCAACCCUGUCAUCCAGAGACACAUUUCCCUGAAUGCUGAUCCCCAACAACCACAGGUCCCCGUUUUGACCUUGCACUUGAAGCCAGUUGGCAAUUGCUCCUCUGAUAUGCCAGGGAUUGUUCUCAGCCUGCAGGAAGCAACCAUUGUAUCACAGCAGGGUGACCAGUCAUCAGGAUUGUUUGGUCCACAUACAAGCCAAGCUGUCAACCUCUCCAACGGCCAGGGGCUAGUCCUGGUCGCCAGUCAAACUCCCGGUGGUUUUUUCCUCAACCGAAUCUCAUCCAACCCUCAAGCUCAAACUCCAGCCCCCAACAGCUUAUUUGUCAGCCCACAGGAAGUGAAUCUCGAAGCACCACAAGACAAAUCUCAGCACAACCAGGUGUUGUCUCCAUUUAGGGAACAACCCCAGAAAAAUGUCAGCUCGCCGCAGUUUAUCGGAAGUCCAGUUGUCACUGGGACUUCACUAUUUACACACCCAGACAUUAAUGCCAACCCUGCUCAUUCUCAACCAUUUUCCUAUGAGUCGUCGGUUACUAGCACAGCAGAAUUUGUUCAGCGACAACCAGUUAGACAUCAUGGUGCGCAUGGUUCAGAGUUUACUAAUAUGUUUCCUCCAUCCAUAGGAAAUGGGAAUACAUUCCCUGUCAAAACUGAAAAUGUCCUGUUUCAUUUUAAAAAUGAACUGAGUGAUUCUGAGAAAUACUCAGCUAUAAAGAGAGAAGAUCUCCACGCGGCGUCAUAUAAUUCAAAACAUGGAGAUGUUUGCAGCUCAUCAUUUGGAGGCUGUGUCAUGACAUCUGAUAACCACCCGAUUAUCACCUGGGCAUUAAGUAACAAUGUCAUCGAGCCAAGCUCUUCAUUCCCGUCACAAACCACAGCGUCACAACCACAACUGAUACAUGCUGUCUUACAACAGCAACCGCAGCAGCAGUCACAUCAACGAGAACCGCCUGAAGGGGUGGCUGGCCCAUCCGGUCUCAGCACCUCGGUGAAAGAUAUGAUAACCAACCCAAACUCCUGUGAUACUCUUGAUGGCAGCUUUUCCUCCCUGCCCAGUGCCGAUCUCAACCUGGACGACCUCCUCGACCUCAACGACCUUGACGACGUGACUGACCUUGGCUGUUCUCCGUUCACCCCGUCAGGUGGACUCUCCGAACAGCCUCUUUCCAACACUGAAAUGACCGAAGUGGAGAAAGAGACAGAGCAUGGCCACGUGGCUGGUAUGAACUUGAUGGCUCAAGGACAGAGAGGGUCCUGUGUUAAUGAAAGUACUUCCACAUUCGGCUCUAUCAGCAGUGCUGUGUUGUACCAACAAAAUCCUCACCUGGCCACAUCUCUUCAUUCCUCAUCUACCUCUAGCCUGCACCAGGCUGAGUUUCCUUGCUCCAUGACCUCUUCAUUUUCAUCCAUUCUGGGGAACCCUCUGGCCUGUGAUGCAGCUGAUGUCAGCGGUGGCCAGGAAGAGGCAGACCCAGAAAACAAUUCUGUGAUAAAAGAUUUCAGUCCAGACUGGGCAUAUACAAAGUGUGAGUUUAAGAGAGAGAGAUUGUGUGCCUACACAGGUGAGGAAGGUGUUUGUUUAAGUGUGAAUCACAGCCCAGGGUAUGUGACACUGCAGGUGGCACGUGAUGGUGUUGUGGUAUCAAACUGUGAAAUAUUUGAGUUCUGUGACAGGGAGAGCCGGGACUCCAGUACGACUCAUCCAGAGUGGUUUGCCCUUGAUUAUAUUGUGUGUUGUUUGUUUGCAGGCAAUCAGCUGAAGUUGUUGUUGAUAGAGAGAUUGGAUCACAUGAGCCGGCACUUUGUUAAUGCCACUCCACCCCUUCAGGGUUCCAUCUCUGACGACAUGGAAACAUUGGAGAGAAAUCUUGUGCACCAAGUCCAGACCAUGACUGGUCAGCAUUGGACAGAUUCAAACCUCUACCCUAAAGCUGGACAGCACAACUUAACCCUGCUUCACCUGGCGGCAGCAUUGGGCUUUGCCAAGUUAAUCUCUUGCUUGAUACGCUGGAGAGUGGACAACAACUGUGUCGCUCUGGAGUUUGAGGUGGAUGCACAGAGUGUUGACAGUCAUGCCUGCACCCCUUUGAUGUGGGCUUGUGCACUUGGGAAAAUUGAUGCAGCAUUGACGCUUUACCACUGGAAUACAUCGCCUCUGAAAAUGUGUAACAAAGAUGGCCUGCUGCCCUUGACUCUUGCCAGGCAGAAAGGGUUUUACAAUCUGGCAAAUCAGGUAGAGCAGUUGGAAAGAGCCAAGGAGCAGCAGCAACAGCAGCAGCUCCAGAAUCGUGCCAAGGAACAAUCAGCUGUCCAUAGAAUGGAGGUCAGCCACACACAGCUAAACUGUAAUAGUGUCCACUCCUACAGUCAAGCCGGUGAACUGGCCACUGGGUCUGGUUCAGACCACGAGAAGGAAGACUCUGAAUUGAAGGAUAGUUUGAUAGAUAUCAGACCCGUGCCGUCCCCUGCCUUCUCGAAGCCAGGAAAGAUAGUUUCCAAAUUGGUACGCAGAUAUAGUGAGCAGGUCAUCGGACAUCAAAGCCGACCUUUGAGCAAAAGAAACUCAGUUGACCUGCUGCCUAGUGGUCAAGACACUGACCAGGCUGUCCUCCCCAGUAUGGGCUCCCCCAUGAACUCUCCCAUCCAGGAUGCCAACUCAGAGCCAAGGCUGCCUGUCAGCCCAGACAUGGCAUUUGUGGCCCCGCCUGCUCCCCGCCUUCCACUUGAGGAUGAGAUUGAUGAGCCGUCUGUGUAUACAGGAGAGCCCUCCAUCUCCAAGAUGGAUACUGAUGAGGUUGUUACCGUACACAGCCCUCUCAUUGAUGUGGAAAGAAUCUCAUCUGAUGAAGAAGUGGAUGCGAACAAAGAUGGAAACAAGCACCAGAUGGUGACGUUAGCCAAUCAGAUCAUAGCUGCUAUUCCAGAGCGGAUCAAGCUGUCACCUUCUAAAGCAGACGAAGUGGACGAUGCGUCCAGUAGCCGGGGUAGAAGUGAAUCGCACAGUUCUCUGCCAUCGCAGGGCUCACCACGACCUUCGUCAUUUGGAGAUGAUUCGGGGAUUUCCACACCAAUGACAGACAGUCUGGCAUUCGAGGAGUAUAGGUACCCAGAGUUUGGAACCCCAGCCUCCAGCCUUAGCCCUGACUCCACCUGUCUGCCCAGCCCCUACAGUCCUUACAGCUUCACCCUAGACUCCCCACCUCCAACCACAGCCGAGUUUACAGAGUACUUCAAUGCCCCUACUACUUACAUGGAGAAAGACUUCUCACAGUUGACUUUAUCAGAUCAAGAACAAAGAAAACUGUACGAGGCUGCCAAGGUAAUACAGAAUGCCUACAGACACUACAGGGAUAAGCAACAGCAGCAGCAGCAACUGCAGCAGCAGAAAGAGAUUGAGGCUGCCAUUCUCAUACAGAGCUACUAUCGCAGAUAUAAAACGUACGCUUACUACAAGAAAAUGAGUCACGCUGCAGUGCUGAUCCAGAAUCAGUUUAGGACCUACUACGCGAAACGCAAGAAGCGAGGGGACACUGGAGCAGCUGCUAGACGAGAGCUGGAGCGGCUGAAAAAGGGGCGCAAUCAGUCUGUUAUUAUUCAGCAGCGGUUCAGAUCUCACUAUCAGAGAAGGUCACUGGAUGGAAAAGAAGAUGGGGUACAUGUUCAGGGCUCAAGUGGAGCUGCCGACAG